CAAUCAUCUGAAACAUCUCGCUAGACCAGGUGUCCUUCCAUCCCCUUCAAUUCCUAGACGGUCAUCCUUCCUCGUCCCUGCCUUGUCUCCUUCGCGUUGUGUAUAUUACGCUGCAUUGUUUCUCCCGCAGGCCGAAUAUACUCACGGAUGCACGGUCCGUCAGGAAGUCGCCUAAUAACCAUCUGUUCUUUGUGCAUACUUUUUCUUACUCCAUAACUUGAACAUAACAUACACCUUGGACAUCUAAGAAAGAGCUGGAUUUUACGUCUUAGAACCAUGUCAACGAGACAGAAGAGGCAAAGUAAGCCUAAGGCUUCAGUGCCAGCAGCGCCGCCAACACCCACAACACCAUUGGAUGCAGAGCGUCAGCCUCAGUAUCUUCCAGCGUCAGCCCUUCUUAAGAAUGUGACUCGCGCGCUGGCCCUAAUUCUCAUCGCUGGAGUGGCAUCUCCGGUAUCGCAACUCAACCUUUCACCUGUCUUUGGGUCAAUUCCAGCAUCAUUGCAUCACCAGCAAGCAAUGACAUUGACGGCCCUAGGAGGACUCGGCGUCCGGCGAUUGCUGAAGGGCUAUCUAUCUGUGGAUGUCUCUGCAUGGGUCACCGUUUUGGCGUACUGGAUACCCCUUAUUCAGUGCUAUCUGUUCCCACACAGCACUCAACUUGGCAUUGACUAUGGUCCUUUGAUUGUCGAGUCACUCACGUACUUUCCUUUACUGUUCCUCUCUAUGUACGCUGUUUCAGACCUGCUGGACACGGUCGACUUCUCUCGAUGGGAUUUGCCUUCUGCGCUCGGCGAUGCAAUCCUACCAAUGUCUUCCUAUAUUGGCGUGUCAUUCAUCGCUAGAAUCUUUGGCGGACUGCUUCCUACUGUCAUUGGACAGCACGUAUAUUUGACGCGCGUUGGCUUUCAGAUGCUGCUUGCAUCAGCGUCUGCUUUCAUCACCCCUUCGAAACUUCUGUUCCUGGCCUUUCCAGCAAUUCUGCACACGCUCUGGAUCAACCCUCACAACCCAGCAGACCAGGCUUUCCAGUCGGCGAAUUCGACUCUUGUAGCCACUCACAACUACACGAUCCUCGCUCGCCAGGAGUCGCUGACUGGCUACGUGUCCGUGGUCGAGAACUACGCGGAUAACGCUUUCCGCCUGAUGCGUUGCGACCACUCUCUCCUCGGUGGAGAAUGGCUCGUCACACCCGAGUCAUACAAGAAGGGCCAACGCCAGAAGGAGAGUAUCUUUGCUGUCUUCGUCCUUCUUGAAGCCGUUCGUCUGGUCGAGAACCCAGAGCUUGAACCCAUCGGAUCCAUCCCCCGCGCGUUGGAUGUCAAGCCCACACCAGAAUCCGAGAAGUCUGCCCUCGUCAUCGGUCUCGGUAUCGGCACAGCGCCCAAUGCUUUGAUCAAACACGGGCUCAACACAACCAUUGUGGAGCUCGAUCCCGUUGUCCAUAAAUACGCAACAGAGUUCUUCGGCCUUUCGCCAGAGCACACAGCCGUCAUCUCCGACGCCGUCCGUUACGUCGCAGACACAUCAGUCUCCGCCCCGAAAUCUUACGACUACAUCAUCCAUGACGUCUUCACCGGCGGCGCUGAACCCGUGUACCUGUUCACCACUGAGUUCAUGCAAGGCCUGCACGCCUUGCUGAAAGACGACGGCGUCGUGGCCAUCAACUAUGCCGGUGACCUGACGCUCGGCUCCACCAAGCUCGUGCUGAACACCAUCCACGCCGUGUUCCCUGCCUGCCGUCUCUUCCGCGACACGGCCGCGCCCGAUGACCAUAAGGAAGGCGACAGCGAUUUCAUUAACAUGGUGAUUUUCUGCGUCAAGAACGACCUUGGUAUGGGAAAGAAGGCUAUUGGGUUCCGCAAGGCCACGCAAAAAGACUUCCUCGGCAGCCUUGCGCGCAGGAAUUUCUUGCAGCCGAGGGAGGAGUUAGAAGUCAAGUAUGAGUAUACCGAAGGUGCAGAGGUCAUGGGCAGGGCUGACGUCGCUGAGCUGGAAGCGUAUCAUGAGGAGGGUGCUGUGAGUCACUGGAAGAUUAUGAGGUCGGUGUUGCCAGCUGGUGUUUGGGAGAUGUGGUAGAUGGGAAAGCUGUGAGGGGCUUUACGCCCCUCGAAUCUUGUUGUAAAGCUCAAGAUGUUCAAAGUGUUCUAAUUACAGACCUCUUGGUCCACUUGGACCAACAAUGAGGUGUUUCGUGAGCACUACUUGUCGGCAUAAUCAACAUGUUUUCAGACUCGUUGACGAAUGUGAUCUGGACGAUGUCAUAGGACACUCUCUGGGGCGCAGGCUCGGACUUUUGUAAUGAAGUGCAUGUUGGUGCAAAUGU